GAACCAACAUGCUGCAAACCAACUUUCGCUCCUCCUCCCAAUGCCGAUUCCUCGAACCAUAUUUCUCAUCUCCCUCCUCCUCCUUAUUCUUCGAUUGCCUCGAUUUGAAUCCGCAAACCACGAUUAUUCUGACGCAUUAUCGAAAUGCAUAUUGUUUUUCGAAGGUCAGAGGUCUGGAUUUUUACCUAAUGGCCAGAGGAUCUCUUGGCGCGCAAAUUCGGGGCUCUCCGACGGCUGGCAACGGAGCGUUGACCUCACCGGCGGCUACUACGACGCCGGAGACAACAUCAAGUUCGGGUUUCCGAUGGCGUUCACGACCACAAUGCUGGCGUGGAGUGUGAUCGAGUUUGGGGAUUCGAUGCCCGCCGGGGAGCUGAGGAAUACGAUGGUGGCGAUACGGUGGGCGACGGAUUAUCUUCUGAAGACGGUGUCUCAGCCCGGCCGGAUUUUUGUUCAGGUUGGGGACCCCAUAAUUGACCACAACUGUUGGGAAAGGCCAGAAGAUAUGGACACUGCCAGGACGGUCUACGCCGUUGAGGCCCCAAACCCGGCUUCCGACGUCGCCGGCGAGACCGCGGCUGCUUUCGCUGCUUCAUCCAUGGCGUUCCGGUCAUCUGACCCGGGUUACUCCGAGACAUUGUUGCGAAAUGCCGUCAGUGUUUUCCAGUAUGCUGAUAAUUAUAGAGGAGCUUACAGCGAUAAUGCGGAUAUUAGAGAUGGUGUAUGCCCGUUUUAUUGCGAUUUCGAUGGAUAUCAGGAUGAGCUGCUGUGGGGAGCAGCAUGGCUGAGGAGGGCCUCCCAGGAUGAUUCUUAUCUGAGUUAUAUAGAAAACAAUGGCAAAACGCUUGGAGCAGAGGACAAUAUCAACGAAUUCGGUUGGGACAACAAGCAUGCUGGCCUCAACGUUUUGGUCUCAAAGGAGUUCCUAGAAGGAAAUAUGUACUCGCUCCAAUCAUAUAAGGCAUCGGCAGAUAGCUUCAUGUGUACAUUAAUCCCAGAAUCAUCAUCCUCCCACAUUGAGUACACGCCAGGAGGGCUCAUCUACAAGCCCGGAGGCAGCAACUUGCAGCAUGCCACAUCCAUCGCAUUCCUCCUCCUCAGCUACGCUAAUUACCUAGCUCGAUCGGGGCAGUCCGUCAAUUGUGGGAACAUUAGCAUUGGCCCCUCCUCCCUCCGCCAACAAGCUAAGAGACAAAUCGAUUACAUUUUAGGCGAUAAUCCAAUGGGCAUGUCCUAUAUGGUUGGUUAUAGUAAUUACUUUCCUCAAAGGAUACAUCACAGAGGCUCAUCCUUGCCUUCAAUCAAGGACCACCCUGAAUUCAUUGCUUGCAAGGAAGGGUCAGCCUAUUUCAACUCAUCAAAUCCUAAUCCUAACAUUUUGGUGGGCGCUGUGGUGGGUGGCCCUGGCGAUGAUGAUUCGUAUGAGGAUGAUCGAGAUGAUUUUCGAAAAUCAGAGCCAACAACAUACAUCAAUGCACCAUUGGUGGGUGCACUUGCGUACUUUGUGGCCAAUCCUAACCCAAGUUAGGCCAUGAGAAGGAAAUAUGUUGUGUAUAGAUAUAGUGACCAUCAUCAAAAUAACCAUAUUUUGUAAAAAGUCUCUCAUCUUGCGUGAGGCAAGGAUGGAAGAGGCUAGUUAGGUAGAUUUUUUUUCUUGGAUUCCAUAUAGAUUACCGAGUCACAAGAGCUUGUUGUGACCUUUUCCUAAAGGAGUGGUGAAGUGUUUAUUUUUAGAUAUGUGAAAUUUUCCAAUAUGCUUUCAAAGUUGUCAAAAUAAAGUUGUCUACCACAUGCAUGUUUGCCAAAGAAAUUUGAGGAA